AUGUCGUCGACUGCGCAGGGAACGACUGCUGGCGCUAAGAAGAAGCAUAUAUGUGGUACCUGUGACCGCGCGUUUACGACGAGCGGCCAUCUUGCACGACAUUCGCGAGUCCACACUGGCGAGCGGAACCACAAGUGUCCGUUCCCAGGCUGUGAGACGAGGUGUUCGAGGCAGGACAACCUCCAACAGCAGUGA